AUGAGGAAGAAAAAGAAGAAGGAACCUUUAGCCAUAUGUGGGGGUGGGGAAGAAGGAGUCUCAAAGUCAGGGGGAAGUGGUUCAGGUGAGGCUGCUGAGGUGUUGAUUAAUCUGAGUAAACAACAAGAUGAACCUGGUUCAUCUGAUGAAGAGAGUUUGGCUGACUUGUUGAAGGAAGUGGGGGCCAGCUAUGACCCAAAGAAACGCAAGGCUUCCUCACAAAAGACCCCUGCUGCAUCCAAACCAACCAAGAAAAGCAAACAAUCACCACCCAAGUCUAUUCCUAGGAUUAGAGCUACUAGAAGUAGGGUCAGGGAAAGUGAAGUAGAAUUGAAGAAGGCUUUAGAAGAAAGUAAGAAAAAGAGGAAAGAGAAAGGGAAAGCAAAGAUAGGUGAAAGCUCGGAGGCUGUGGUUGAAGAGGAAGAAGAAGAGAUGGAACAGGUCCAUCUAGAAAGGAGUACUACUGUGGAAGUUCCCACUACCAAAUCAGAGGGAACCAGGACUUCUGCCAAGAAGCCCUCCAAGCCAGUACCUGCUGAACAUGUUCUUGCCAAGAGAACAAGGUCAGCUGCAAAAGGAAAACAAGUGAAAAUUGCUGAAGAAGAUGAUAAAUGGAGUGAGGAUGAAGGAGAUGAGUCAGAGAAGGAACAGGACAGAUAUGCCAUGUUUGGCAAGAGGAAAAUUCUGAAAGGGAGACUACUCAAGGACCUGGAGGAGCCAGGUAUGAUAAGGCUUCUGACUGCACUAGAAGCACAGGGCUGGAAGGUCAUGGUUCUUCAUAUGGAUGGAAAAUUGGCCAGGAAUGGACUUGUAGAGUUUAUGGCAAACGGGACAGUGAAGAAUGGGCUGGUGACUAGCACAGUGAAAGGUGUCAAAGUAAAGUUUAAUGCUACAAAGCUGGGCAAGAUUCUAGACAUCCCUAGUGAGGGAUAUGAUGAUUAUACAAGGAAGAGGUGGCCUUGCCUGGAUGGGUUGCCUACUGAUCUUCAGAUCACAAGGAACUUUUGUGACACCACAACAGAUGAAGAGGUACCUGAGGCCAGGGCAGUUCAGAAAAGUGAAAUGAGGCAAGACCACAAAGUGCUUUUUGAAUUUGUCAACAAAUGCCUUCUACCCAGACAGGAAAGAAGGCAUACAGCAAAUUAUAUGGAUCUGGUUCUUAUGCAAUGCCUGAAUGAAGGGAAGCAGAUCAACUGGCCUACCUUUAUUGUAAAGCUGCUUGAAAGGGUACUCAAUGGCUCAAAAGCUCAUGCCAUUCCCUAUGGAUUUAUCUUGACAAUUGUACUUGAAAGAUUGAAUGUUCCCCUGAAAAAGUGGGAAAUGGCUUCGAGCAAAGAGCAUUUUGGCAGCAAAACCCUUCAAGCUUGUGAUUAUAUGCUCAGUACAGCUCCAGUUGAACCUGGUUCUUCAGCAAAAACUCCUGUGAAUAGUAAGGUCAGAGCCUUAGUUCAGGAGGUUGGGGCAAAAGACGCUGAGAUAGCAAGGCUUCAGGCCAGAGUUGCUGAAUUGGAGGGAGAAAGGAAUGGGUUGAGAGCUGAACUUGCUAAGGAGAAGGAGAAAAAUGAAGGCAUGCUUCAACAGAUGCUCAAUCUGCUACAAACCCAACCCUCCAGCUCUUCUAAGCCUUAG